AUGAUCACACUGUGUUGGAGUUUGCCAAUCCUCACUGUAACCAGUGCAUUGAUUGGACCAGUCGGUCACGUGGCCCAUUCAACCGAAUGCCGAGUGUCACUGAGUUUGCCAUGUCGUGUUUACACUAUAGUUGUCUGCUUCGUCAUACCACUAGUCCUCCUCGUGUUCAUAUAUUGCCGCGUUGUAGGGGUUAUAAAGCAACGCUUGACAAACUCUGGCCUUUCUUACAGUCGACAAGCUAACCCUUUAAAUUCGACUGAUAAAAGUUCGACUUGGACGUAUGAGAGCGGACGUAGGGCGACCGAUGAAAUAAACUCCCGGAACGGACCUAAACUUAUGUCUUUAAAUCACCGUCCAUCAACAGAAGUUUUGAUAAGUAACCGUGCGCAGUUGCGUAAUAAAAUCAAUGAAAAUCUCCGACAUUCAAUUGCUACCGAGCACUACACUGUCCGCCUUGGAAGAUAUUCACCAGCCACCAUAAUCACCCUGAAUUCCUGUUUGGGACGGGAUCAACCAAAUUCAAAUUAUGCCGAGCACCGGAAGCAAGAUAGUCGCCUUGAAUUAGUCGGAGUGCCCCACAAUGGAAGGAACAUGUGGAUCAACCCGCGGUCGGAGUCAUUCAACCGGUUAGCAAACUUCAAUGUUUCCCAUCAGGAUUUGAAUGGGCACGAUAUACUAUUAUCUGAGCCCCAGAGAGAUAAAAUUGUUACGCCUGAACUUAAAUUACCCCCAUCAUGCACGCUAUUCCGAAAAAGUAGUUCAAUGGACUUUGGCGAAUUGAAGUAUUCCUUGUCUAAACAGCAAAAUACUUUGAUAAAAUCGGUCACACUGGGAUGUUUCGCUCAGCUGAAGAACGGCAGGUCGGCUGAGAACCCUCAAGAAAGUGCACAAAUGACCAAACUUUUGGCCAGCACCGAAGCAAAGAGGCGACGUCGCAUAAAGCAGAAUAUGAGAGCAGUGAGAAUGGUAACAGCCGUAGUCGUCUGCUACUUUGCUUUCUGGUUGCCUUUCUUUGUUUGCUUUAUAGCGGAGAUCUUUAUCGGUGAAAUACGUGAGGAAAUUACAAGGUAUGUCAACAUUAUCGGUCUCGCCAAUAGUGUGUGCAAUCCGUUUAUUUAUGCACUGCUUGACAGGCGCUACUCCAGUGCUUACAGACGAAUUCUAAAUUGCGAAGCGACCCGUUGA